GCAAAUUAUCAACCUCACUCUUCAAUCUACCAAAAAUUUGCAAUUGACAUCCUACAUCUCACUUUCAAUACUUCCCAGCUUUAAAUAGACUUCCUCGAGAACAUCUAAGAUAAACAACGCCAAUGUCCUCAACCUCAACCUCAAACUCAGAAAUGCCCCUCCCACCCGAACUCACGCUCAUCGUAGCCGCAACGCGCACCAUGGGCAUCGGCCGCAACGGCACACUACCCUGGACUGGGCUUAAGAAGGAAAUGGCUUACUUCGCGCGCGUCACCAAGCGUCUGCCGCCAUCCCCCCCAUUAGCAGGGCUGAGUUUAAAUGCGGUGAUCAUGGGCCGCAAGACUUGGGAUAGCAUACCGACUAAAUUCCGCCCGUUGAAGGGACGGCUGAAUAUCGUGGUUAGUCGGUCGCAUACUACCAUAGAAAAAGAGGAGGCGGAAGAAGGACCGGUGAAAGUGGCUUCGCUGGAACAGGCUAUUGAGUAUAUCAAGUCUACGGCUGUCGCGCGCGCGUUUGUUAUCGGAGGUGCGCAGAUUUAUGGUGCUGCGCUGGAGUUGAGGGAGGCGAGGAGGGUGUUGUUGACGAGGGUUUUGACGGAUUUUGAGUGUGAUACGUUUCUCCCGCUUAAGCUGGACGAGAAGGAAAAUGGGAAUGGGUGGGUGAAGAGGUCGAAGGAGGAAUUGGAUACUUGGACUGGGGAGAUAGUACCGCCUGGUAUUCAGGAGGAGAAUGGUACGCAGUAUGAGUUUGAGAUGUGGGAGAGGACGGAUUGAAGAGGUAAUUGGAGUUGACUUUUACGAUCUAUGUGGUGAUAUAUGUUAUGUACAUUAUGAGGUCUCUUUUUGAGACUCGUCUUUUCAUGCCGCUUUUUUACAGGGCGGUA